UCCCGCCCGCCCGCCCUCCGGCCGCCUCUGCCGCCGCGCGCCGCAGCAGCGCCGCCUUCCCUGCGCAGUCGGUGUCUCGGCGUAGCUGGGUGGGACUUGGCUCUGCGGUCAUGGGCAAGCAGAACAGCAAGCUGCGGCCGGAGAUGCUGCAGGACCUGCGGGAGAACACAGAGUUCUCGGAGCUGGAGCUGCAGGAGUGGUACAAGGGCUUCCUCAAGGACUGCCCCACGGGUAUCCUCAACGUGGAUGAAUUCAAGAAAAUCUAUGCCAACUUCUUCCCCUACGGUGACGCCUCCAAGUUCGCGGAGCACGUCUUCCGCACCUUUGACACCAACAGCGACGGGACCAUCGACUUCCGGGAGUUCAUCAUCGCACUGAGCGUGACCUCGCGCGGCCGCCUGGAGCAGAAGCUCAUGUGGGCCUUCAGCAUGUACGACCUGGAUGGCAACGGCUACAUCAGCCGGGAGGAGAUGCUGGAGAUUGUGCAGGCCAUUUACAAGAUGGUUUCGUCUGUGAUGAAGAUGCCGGAGGACGAGUCGACCCCGGAAAAGAGGACUGAGAAAAUCUUCCGCCAAAUGGACACCAACAACGACGGCAAGCUGUCCCUGGAGGAGUUCAUCCGCGGGGCAAAGAGCGACCCGUCCAUCGUGCGCCUGCUGCAGUGCGACCCCAGCAGCGCCUCCCAGUUCUGAGGGGAGGAGCCAGGCACCCCUCAUCCCCGCCUUCACCGGUCCCACCCGGCUCUCAGCUUCCUUUCCCUCGUGUCCACCCAGGCUGGGGGUCAGACUGGGGACCCGCCCCCCUCCCCCGGGUCUGCACUGCGGGGGCCUCUGGAACUGGGACCCUGGAAGGAGGGGGCCCCAAAGCAAGCUGGUAGCAUCCCUCUUCCGCAAAUGGCAGACAGGCUCGGGUUUGUCUGUCCCUCAGAGUCAGGGCCCUCACCCAGACACCCAGCCGUCUCCCACCCACCCCCAGCCCUGAGGCCAGACCCCUCCCCAACCGCGGAAGGCUCAGGCUCAGGCUCAGGCUCGCCCCUCCUAGGGCUCAGCCUGGGGGCGGUGGGAAGUCACACUCAGGUGACCAGAGCCUGUCUUUUUACUUGGAGGGGAGAGGAUUCCAGGCCUUUGAGAAAGGAGCUUCCUUAAGCCUCCCUUUCCCACAGAAGCCUUCAACCCUCCCUGCCCCAGCUCCUGCUGGCCCCAAGGCCAAGGCACAAAUGGAAACCUCCCCCAUCCCAGCUGUGGCUGCGGUCCCCUGAACCUGUCUGCCUUUUGCACUCGAUGGACACAGCCAGCUGCAGACCACCAAUUGAGCCCUGUGUAUUGGCCUCUCUCUCUCUCUCUCUCUCACACACACACACACACACACACACACACACACACACACACACAGGCAGAGCCCCUCCACCAUGUCCUGUGUGGGAAAGAAGAGCAGGCCCCUGGCCGAGCCCCGCCCCCACCCUGCAUGCAGCCACACGAAGCAUCUUUGUUCUUUUUAAUAACUUCCAAAUAAAGUUUCCCGUUUCAGUGCA